AUGUCUUCAACAAACAACUCGUCAAUCUCUUCCAGCGAGACUACCUGCUCAACAGGCUCAAAUGGUAGCAGUCGUUUACAGCAGCACCUAAAAGCCAAACGAGACAGACAAACCCUUAACUUGAUCGUCGCCGUGGGCAAAGUAUUGGAACGAGACCCGGCAUGGGAGACUGAGGCCGAGGCAGUCCGCACCCGCGAAAUGUACAAUUUCCGACGGGGCCAGAUCGUCGAGCGCACCCCCGAUACUGCUGCGGACCUCGCCAACAAAGGCACACCUGCGCUGGGCAAAGCGCCCUGGUGGGGCUGGGCGAAAAACGACAAGGAUGCGUAUGUAAUGGAGCGUGGAACUAUAACCAGUAUACUCCCCUUCAAACACUUUAUCCUCGUCGAGCCUGCUCAGGAGGGGGACAAGGAGGCUAUGUUGGUUGCUGACUUGGCUGAUAUCCGGGACAUGCACCUCGAGGACGACAAGAGGCGGGCGCUGGGCAAUGCCCUCGUCGCUGCUCCCAGGGUGAAUCAAAGAAUGCUGGGAUUUUACAUUCCUCGCGAUGCUGUGAGUCUCGAACAGCCCCUGAUGAUCUGCGAGGGACUGGUUGUUGAUAUCAAACAGGACUAUCAGUUCUGCUUUGUUGAGUCUGUGGCCGGUACGGCAUAG